AUGUUGCUCACUGAAUUCGUCCCAACGAUCUGUGCCCGUCUGCCCCGGCGACUCGGGCGCCCGUCUGCCCCGGCGACUCGGGCGCCCGUCUGCCCCGGCGACUCGGGCGCCCGUCUGCCCCGGCGACUCGGGCGUCCGUCUGCCCCGGCGACUCGGGCGCCCGUCUGCCCCGGCGACUCGGGCGCCCGUCUGCCCCGGCGACUCGGGCGCCCGUCUGCCCCGGCGACUCGGGCGCCCGUCUGCCCCGGCGACUCGGGCGCCCGUCUGCCCCGGCGACUCGGGCGCCCGUCUGCCCCGGCGACUCGGGCGCCCGUCUGCCCCGGCGACUCGGGCGCCCGUCUGCCCCGGCGACUCGGGCGCCCGUCUGCCCCGGCGACUCGGGCGCCCGUCUGCCCCGGCGACUCGGGCGCCCAUCUGCCCCGGCGACUCGGGCGCCCGUCUGCCCCGGCGACUCGGGCGCCCGUCUGCCCCGGCGACUCGGGCGCCCGUCUGCCCCGGCGACUCGGGCGCCCGUCUGCCCCGGCGACUCGGGCGCCCGUCUGCCCCGGCGACUCGGGCGUCCGUCUGCCCCGGCGACUCGGGCGCCCGUCUGCCCCGGCGACUCGGGCGCCCGUCUGCCCCGGCGACUCGGGCGCCCGUCUGCCCCGGCGACUCGGGCGCCCGUCUGCCCCGGCGACUCGGGCGCCCGUCUGCCCCGGCGACUCGGGCGCCCGUCUGCCCCGGCGACUCGGGCGCCCGUCUGCCCCGGCGACUCGGGCGUCCGUCUGCCCCGGCGACUCGGGCGCCCGUCUGCCCCGGCGACUCGGGCGCCCGUCUGCCCCGGCGACUCGGGCGCCCGUCUGCCCCGGCGACUCGGGCGCCCGUCUGCCCCGGCGACUCGGGCGCCCGUCUGCCCCGGCGACUCGGGCGCCCGUCUGCCCCGGCGACUCGGGCGCCCGUCUGCCCCGGCGACUCGGGCGCCCGUCUGCCCCGGCGACUCGGGCGCCCGUCUGCCCCGGCGACUCGGGCGCCCGUCUGCCCCGGCGACUCGGGCGCCCGUCUGCCCCGGCGACUCGGGCGCCCGUCUGCCCCGGCGACUCGGGCGUCCGUCUGCCCCGGCGACUCGGGCGCCCGUCUGCCCCGGCGACUCGGGCGCCCGUCUGCCCCGGCGACUCGGGCGCCCGUCUGCCCCGGCGACUCGGGCGCCCGUCUGCCCCGGCGACUCGGGCGCCCGUCUGCCCCGGCGACUCGGGCGCCCGUCUGCCCCGGCGACUCGGGCGCCCGUCUGCCCCGGCGACUCGGGCGUCCGUCUGCCCCGGCGACUCGGGCGCCCGUCUGCCCCGGCGACUCGGGCGUCCGUCUGCCCCGGCGACUCGGGCGUCCGUCUGCCCCGGCGACUCGGGCGUCCGUCUGCCCCGGCGACUCGGGCGCCCGUCUGCCCCGGCGACUCGGGCGCCCGCCUCCAGAACCAAAACAAUCCUUGCGCGAAAGUGUUUUGUCUUCGUCUGCCUUAAGAAGGCAGAGAAAAUGUCACCGUGGGCAACAACGAAUGGUUAA